AUGCAGCUCCUCCAAUCCGUCACCACGGGCCUCCUGCUCGCCGGCAGCUGCUUGUCUUCCCUGGCUACGGCUCGCUCUGUUCCUGUGCAGCAGCCCCGCGAUGUUGCCGUGAGCCACACGCCGGCCAAGAUCACCCCUAAGGUGUUCAUCGUUUCGAUGUUCGCGCCCGAGGCCGAGAUCUGGUGGGGUAUCCCCGAGUUCGAUCUGUUGGCUCACAACAUCACCAUCCCUGGCGCUUCUCCCGCCUUCCCCGAUGUCCACUGCACGGCGGACUACACCAUCUGCCAGCUCAUCACUGGUGAAUCCGAGAUCAACGCUGCCAUCACCGUCGCGUCGGUCGUCUUCAACCCCAUGUUCGAUCUGACCAAGACCUACUUCCUCGUCGCCGGUAUUGCCGGCGUCAACCCCGAGCGCGCGAGCAUCUGCGAUGUGACCUUCGCCCGCUUUGCCAUCCAGGUGGCUCUGCAGUACGAGAUUGACAUGCGCGAGAUGCCUGCCAACGCCACCACGGGUUACUUCCCCCAGGGCGGCUACUACGCCGACCAGUACCCCACCAGCAUCUACGGCACGGAGGUGUUCGAGGUGAACGACGAGCUGCGCAAGAUCGCUGCCGGCUUCGCCCGCAACGCCACCCUGGCUGACAGCGACGAUGCCAAGGCCUACCGCGCCAAGUACGCCACCGAGGACGGCCUCUACCAGGCCGGCACCCAGGGCCCCUCCGUCCGCCUGUGCGACGUGACCACCAGCGACGUCUACUUCAGCGGCCGCCUGCUAGGCGAGGCCUUCGACAACACCACCAAGAUCUGGACCAACGGCACCGGUGAGUACUGCACCACCGCUCAGGAGGACAACGCCACCCUGGAGGCCCUCGUCCGUGCCUCGAAGCACAACCUCACCGACUUCUCCCGCAUCAUCGUCAUGCGCACCGCCUCGGACUUCGACCGCCCCUACCCCGGCGAGACCGCCCGCUACAACCUGCUCUACUCCACUCAGGGUGCCUUCGAGCCCGCCGUCGAGAACCUGUACAACGCCGGUAUCAAGAUCGUUGAGGGUAUCCUGGCGAACUGGAACAGCACCUUCGCCUCCGGCAUCAAGCCCCGCAACUACCUCGGCGACAUCUUCGGCACCCUCGGUGCUACCCCCGACUACGGUCCGGGCCGUGCCCAGGCCCUCGAGGAGGCCGGCGCCAUCCUCAAGAAGCGCAGCAUGGGCAAGCGCUUUGUCCGUUUGUAA